AUGAGAAUCCCUCCUGGUCUUCAGAUCUCUUCAUCUUCUUCUUCCACUGCUUCUCCUUUAGUUUGCAAGCUCAGGAAAUCUUUAUAUGGCCUCAAGCAGGCUUCCAGACAGUGGUUCUCUAAGCUGUCUGAUGCCUUGCUAUCCAGAGGCUAUAUUGCCAGCAAAAAUGAUUACUCCUUAUUCACCAAAUCUUCUGGUGCUUCUUUGGUCAUCCUUGUGGUCUAUGUGGAUGAUAUCCUCCUUGCUGGUUCUGAUAUUGCUGAAAUGACUGCCUUAAAACAGUUUCUAGAUGAUCAAUUUAAAAUCAAAGACCUUGGUUUGGUCCACUAUUUUAUGGGUCUUGAAGUUUCCUCUCACCCUGAUGGUUAUGUGCUGCAUCAACACAAAUAUACUUCAGAUUUAUUGGAGGAGUUCAAAUGUUCUCAUCUUUCUCCUCUUUCCACCCCUUUGGAUCCUUCUAUUAAACUGACAGUUGACAUGGGUGACCCUCUUCCAGACCCUAGUAUUUACAGGAGACUAGUUGGCAAGUUGAAUUUCUUACAGCAUACUAGGCCUGAUGUUGCCUACUCUGUUCAGCAUUUGAGUCAAUUUCUCCAGACUCCCAGGGUUCCUCAUAUGUUAGCUGCCUUACAUGUGUUGAGAUAUCUAAUGACUGCUCCUGCUCAGGGGGUACUUCUGUCCAAUACACCUGAUUUUGCCCUUGCUGCUUUUUCUGAUUCUGACUGGGCAACUUGUGCUCACUCGAGGAGAUCUGUCACUGGUUUUUUUAUUACUCUUGGUGGUUGUCCUAUCUCUUGGAAGAGUAAGAAACAACCUACUAUUUCCCUUUCAUCUGUUGAAGCAGAGUAUAGGGCUUUGAGAAAGGUUGCCGCUGAAGUGUCUUGGCUUGUUAGACUUCUUGGUGAUCUUGGGCUUUCUAUUACUGCUCCUGUUCCUGUAUUCUGUGACAGUCAGGCUGCUUUGCACGUUGCAAAGAAUCCUGUUUUUCAUGAGCGGAUGAAGCAUAUCGAGGUGGAUUGCCAUUAUGUUCGUGAUUGUCUUUCUUCUGGUCUGAUUUCUCUCCAAUUUGUUCGCAGUUCUGCUCAGCUGGCUGACAUUAUGACCAAGGCAUUGCAUGGUCCUCUUCAUCAUUCUCUAUUGGGCAAGCUAGGAGUGUUUUCACCCUCCAGCUUGAAGGGGGGUGUUAACGGAAGCCCAAAUUCAGGCCCAACACCAACUCAUACCCAGCAGCCCACUUAA